AUGAAGAAUACAUGGGGAAUAGUUAUAGCUGUUGCAGCGUUUCUCAUUCAGUUUAUAAUAUUUGGAAUCUGCUUCUCCUUCGGUAUCUAUGUCAUAGAACUACAAAACGAGUUUGAAACACGGCUAUCCAUAAUUUCAUCUAUUGGAUCCAUCCACUUUGGCUUUCUACUUUGUACAGGACCAUUUGUCAGUUUCCUAAUGCGGAAGAUAUCUUACAGAAAGGUUUGUUUACUGGGAGCCAUAAUGAGCAGUGUUGGUCUAUCUGUUUUACCAUUUACUCCAAAUAUUCCCUAUUUAAUUGUGUUCUUCGGAGCAUUAACGGGUACUGGCUAUUCUUUUCUCUACAUUCCGUCUUAUACUCUUUCUGGACUCUGGUUUGAAAACAAUCGAGGUCUAGUUACAGGUAUCGUCAGUUCCGGUUCCUCACUUGGUGGCAUUGUGUUUCCAUAUCUGAUUGAAUUUUUGAUUGGGAAGUUUGGAUGGAGAGGUUCCUUUUUUAUACUUGCAUCGUUGAAUUUACAAACGGUCGUUUUCUCUUGUCUAAUGAGAGAAUCACCCAUGCAAAAGGCGUGGGUAAAAUCAAGAACUAAGUAUAUCAACAAUAACCUCACCAACAGUACACAGACAAUCUAUACAAUCCAUGAUGAUGAUGGUAAGAAAUUAAAAAACAAUGGAACAAUAUUUGAAAAUUUUGCUACAAGGCAAACAGCUGCGGACCAAACAAGAAUCGUCGAACAAAUUAAACAUACAGUAAAAAAGUCAAGAACGAUGAAACUAUUAACUAAUUUACCAUUUGUUCUAUUAACGAUAAAUAAUUUUAUAUGGAAUAUAGGAAGCUCUGUACAAUUGCUUCUUGGGCCAGACUACUACACUAAAGUUGGUGUUGACUUAAGACAAGCAGCUUCGCUCUUAUCCAUACAGCAAGGUACAAUGGUGGUCGGUUGUGUUGUCGGUGGGAUUCUGGGUAAUCUCCGCAGCUUCAACAGAAAGGGUUUAUUUUUAUUCACAAACUUUUUAUCGGGUUUCUGCGUACUUACCUACACAUUUCCAGUUCUACAUACGAUGUCAGGUCUUGCUAUAAUCAACUCUGUGUUUGGAUUGGGUACGGGGAUAGGUAUUGGAUUGAUCGUCAUUCUUGUAUCGGAUUUUGUCGGAAGUCAACUUAUUGGGGACGGAAUGGGAUAUAUGAUGUUAGCAUCUGGAAUAGGAAAUUUCAUUGGGCCACCAUUAGGAGGAUACUUGAUAGAAAAGACAGGAUCCUAUGAUGCCGCCUUCUACCUCGGUGGAACUGCUACCUUGUUCAGCGGAGUAAUAUUGUUAAUCAUUCCAAUCAGAGAUUGUUUUCAGAACUCCAAGAAAUACGCCAUAUCACCUGUUACCUAAAGAAAUUUUCAAAAUGUGCAAAAUAGAAAUAAAUGUUUUCAUUUGUUGCAAAGACACAACCACUAAAUUACUUUAUCAAUCGAUUAUGAAAAAGUAGAGAGAGAAGGAGAUCGCAACUGACCAUGCAUGAAUUAACAUCCUUUAGUAAGGUGCACAACAUCUGUUGCUCAAGCUUUAUCAACACACAAAGUUUUUAAAUAUACAUAUGCAUAAUUUAUAAAGUUGUUUUAAUUUUUUUAA